ACUCAGGUUGAUGAUGUAUCCGCCACUCUCCCGCUGACGGCUCACCUCAAACAGUCGAACGCCACUCCAUUCCUCGAAAUACCAAAAUGACCUCCGCGAACCACCCAGCCCCGUUGUCGGAGUCCGACUCCGAUUCCGACCACGGAGACUCCCAACUUCUCCAUCAUAACGACCUCACCGACUCUAUCUUCAAGUCCUACUUCGAAUCAACCAGUCAAUCAAAAUCAUCCUCAUCAAUUAACUCCUUUGAUCUCUCGAAAAUCCAGUCAUUUCUCACAUCCUCCUCCUCCGGCGCUUUAUCGUGCCUCAUAUGCCUCGAGCGCAUCCGCCUCUCUGAUCCAACCUGGUCUUGCACCUCCUCCUGCUACGCCGUCUUCCACCUCUUCUGCAUCCAGUCCUGGGCACGCCAGUCCUCAGACCUCUCCGCCUCACGUGCUGCCACGCGUCUUCCUAUCUCUCCUGACAAAGCUGCCGAGUCAUCCAUCUGGAAUUGCCCCAAGUGCAGAUCAGAGUAUCCAAAAUCGGGAAUUCCCAAGACGUAUUACUGCUUCUGCGGGAAGCUCGAGAAUCCUCCCAGCGAUAACCCAUGGAUAUUGCCGCAUUCUUGCGGCGAAAUCUGCAGCCGUCCUCUCCGCCACAAUUGCGGCCAUUUCUGCUUGUUGCUUUGCCACCCGGGCCCCUGCCCGUCCUGCCCGAAAUUAAUCAAAGCUAAAUGUUAUUGUGGCUCCGUCGAAGAUGUGAAGCGCUGCGGGUUCAAGGAUUUCUCAUGCAAUAACGUUUGUUCUAAGACUUUGGACUGCAAGAUUCACAGGUGCACGCAAAUCUGCCAUGAUGGUCCAUGCCCUCCGUGUUACGAGAUGGGAGUUUAUCGUUGUCGGUGCGGGAAGUCAAAGGAAGAGAGAGAGUGUUUUGAGAGGGAUUACCGGUGUGAAAAUUCAUGCGAGAGAUUGCUUGGGUGUGGAAAGCAUUGGUGUGAUACAGGGUGCCAUAGAGGAGAGUGUGGAGAGUGCCCUCUUCAGGGGAAAAGGACGUGUCCUUGCGGUAAGAGAUUCUAUGAAGGGAUGCCUUGUGAUGUUCAGGUGCCCCUAUGUGGCGCAACCUGUGAUAAGUUACUCGGUUGUAGGCUGCAUCAGUGCCCAGAGCGAUGCCACCGUGGGCCAUGUGUUGAGACUUGCAGGAUAGUGGUAAGGAAGGCUUGCCGGUGUGGAGGCUUGAAGAAAGAGGUUCCUUGUCAUCAAGAUUUAGCAUGUGAAAGGAAGUGUCAGAGAGUGAGAGAUUGUGGCCGCCAUGCUUGUAAACGUAAAUGCUGUGAUGGGGAUUGCCCACCGUGCUCAGAGAUUUGUGACAAGAGGCUACGGUGUAAGAAUCACAAAUGCCCUUCUCCAUGCCAUCGAGGCCCUUGUGCUCCUUGCCCAGUAAUGGUGACGAUUUCAUGUGCAUGUGGGCAAACACGCUUUGAGGUUCCUUGUGGUACUGAGAUGGAUCAAAAGCCUCCUAGAUGCCGUAAACUAUGUUCCAUAACUCCUUUAUGCAGGCAUGCAUCAACUUGCAAGCCACAUAAAUGCCACUAUGGAGGCUGUCCCACCUGUCGGCUACUUUGUGAAGAAGAAUACCCAUGUGGCCACAAUUGCAAAUUAAGGUGUCAUGGUCCGACGCCACCUCCAAAUCCAGAAUUUUCUGUGAAACCUAAGAAAAAGAAAUUGAGUCAUCAGACUGAAGGUACUCCUGGUUCUCCAUGUCCUCCAUGUCCAGAGCUUGUUUGGAGGCCAUGUGUUGGUCGUCAUAUUGGAUCAGAGAGAAUGAUGGUGUGCUCAAAUAUAAAGCAGUUCUCCUGUGAAAAUUUGUGUGGAAAUCCUCUUCCUUGUGGCAACCACUAUUGUACAAAAACUUGCCAUGCACUCAGUAGUCCGUCUACAGCAUCAACACAGCAUAAAAGAAGUCAGUUAUGUGAAGAUUGUAAUCUUAAUUGCCAAAAGGAGAGGGAACCUCCUUGCCAACAUCCUUGUCCCCAGCCUUGUCAUCCAGGGGAUUGUCACCCCUGCAAAGUUCUUGUAAAACGAUCAUGUCACUGUGGCUCAAUGGUCCAUGUUUUUGAAUGCAUAUAUUACAACACCUUGUCAAAAAAAGAACAGAUGGUAGUUCGCUCCUGUGGUGGGCCCUGCCACAGGAAGUUGCCCUAUUGUACGCAUUUAUGCCCGGAGACAUGUCACCCAGGCGAAUGCUCUUCACCCGACAAGUGCCGCAAAAAAGUAACCAUCCGUUGCAAAUGCCAAACCUUGAAAAAGGAGCAGCUCUGUCAGGAUGUUCAAGCAACCUAUCGUAGGGCUGGUUGUGAUCCCAAGGAUGUGUCUAAGAAUCAGUUUGGAAUUGGACUUCUUCCUUGCAAUUCUGACUGUAAGAGUAAAGUACAGGUGGUUGAUCCAGAACUGAACCUGCGAAGGUCUAAACCAUUGGAGGAAAAGGAGUCUGAUACUGAGAAGCAUGUGCCCAAGCGUAGAAGGCGGCGUGAACGGUUUCAAGAACCCAAGCAGCUUACAAGAUUUCAGAACAUUGUUGCCACUGUGAAGCGACUGCUUCUGCUUUUUGCGAUCCUGUUAUUGCUUGUUGCAGUAGCAUAUUACGGUUAUCACGGCCUCAUGAAACUCUCAGACUGGAUGAACGAAGUUGAAGAGCAACAACAGAGAAGGCGGCCCUUGCGAAUCUAAACCAUUCAGAACAUUUUCAUUUCUCGUCUUAUUUUCCUUCAUUUAUUUUUGGCCAAUGCGCCUUUUGAUGUAAAGAAGCUACAAGUUAAACUCCAGUAGACACCAAUUACUCCCUCACAUUCAUUUUUCUUAGGCAAGUUUAUGAUCAAUUACUAAACAUCUUGUAGAGAUAUCAGAGACUUUUCAUUAUGGUUCUCGCGUUAACAUUACUCUAUCCCUCCCUGAGCAUUUGUACUUUAACAGAGCAAACUUAUAUUUGUUAUUAAAAUUGUUCAGCAUUUUCAUCA